GUCGUAGGUUCGGGCCGCAUGAAUGGAGCGUCGGGUGUGAGGCAAAGCCUGCCACCGUCCGCGCGGCCGGUACCUGCUCCCAGAGCGUGAGUGCGGGGUGUGCGCCGUGCGCGUGCGUGCUCGGAAGGGGCGCGCGGCUGCUGAGGUUGGCUGCAUUGGUGCGGCGCGCCCUACGGGCCGUUAGUUGCGGGGCCUCCCGCCUCGCCCCGGGCUGCAGGCAGCCGUGGCGGCCGCCGGGGACCGCAAGGGGCGGAGGAAAGCAGGGGGCGGAGGGGGCCGGUCUCGGCACGCGUUGGAGCAGCCGAGCAUGCCCCGAGACAACAUGGCCUCCCUGAUCCAACGGAUCGCCCGCCAGGCGUGCCUCACCUUCCGGGGCAGCGGGGGCGGGCGCGGCGCUUCCGACCGCGGCGCGGCGCCAGGCCCGGAGGCGCCGAUGCCGCAGGGCUUCCUGGAGAACCUGAGCAAACUGAAGAGCCUGCUGACCCAGGUCCGCGCCGAGGACCUGAACAUCGCCCCGCGCAAGGCCACUCUGCAGCCGCUGCCGCCCAACCUGCCGCCGGUCACCUACAUGCACAUCUACGAGACGGACGGCUUCAGCCUCGGCGUAUUCCUGCUCAAGAGCGGCACGUCCAUCCCGCUGCACGACCACCCGGGCAUGCAUGGCAUGCUCAAGGUGCUCUACGGCACCGUGCGCAUCAGCUGUAUGGACAAGCUGGAGGCCGGCGGCGGGCAACGGCCGCGGGCUCCGCCGCCGGAGCAGCAGUUCGAGCCGCCGCUGCAGGCCCGGGAGCGGGACGCCGUGCGGCCGGGCGUGCUGCGCUCGCGGGCCGAGUACACCGAGGCCAGCGGCCCCUGCGUCCUCACGCCGCACCUGAACAACCUGCACCAGAUCGACGCCGUGGACGGGCCCGCUGCCUUCCUGGACAUCCUGGCCCCGCCCUACGACCCCGACGACGGCCGGGACUGCCACUAUUACCGAGUGCUGGAGCCCGUCAGGGCCAAGGAGGCCUCCGGCUCGACCUGUGAUCUGCCCCGAGAGGUGUGGCUCCUGGAGACCCCGCAGGCCGAUGACUUCUGGUGCGAGGGGGAGCCCUAUCCAGGUCCCAAGGUCUUCCCUUGAAGCCGCCGGCACCCGGGCGUCGUGGGCCGGAUACGUGCCCUACUCAGAUGUGAUCUUGGCUGCCUGCGACCCACCACAAGGGCUCUCUCUCUACCCCCAGGCCUGGGCGUUGGAUCUGCUGCAGUGGGCUGUAGCCGCUUCCUCGGGAGCUUUGGGAAGCGCGGGCAACUGGACUGCAGCCACCUGGCACGGUUAUGGGGGCGGGGGAGGCGGGGAUGCUAGGUUUCCUGGCUCUGUCACUGCCACCAGGGUUUUGAUUCGGAGGGGGAGGGGGGCAGGGGACUAUCUGAAGCGCUUCCAUCCUAAAGCCAUAAUGAAAAUAUUCUUCCCCCUGUUCCCUCUGUGUAUAAAAAAUACACUAAAUGCCCCCCGCCUUGGGUAAAUAGCGUUUGUUUUCCACUUAUGUCCUUAUGCCCUUUUACUCCUUGUUAUAGUUUUAACUUAUUGACUGCAUGACCGAGUGGUUUGAAUUGCUUUUAGUUCAAGUCAUUGGUAAAAACUAGGUUUAAAGAGGUGAGCUACUAUUCAGAGUGAGCUGUCCUGCCUACUUAAUUUGUUGUGAAAAUUAAAUCAUUUUUCCAGAGUUGGGGGAUUACCCCCAAAACGUAACUAUGCACGUAGAGGACACGAUUUAUUUUUUUUCCUCUCCUUGCCCAGUAGCCACAUCUGGUUUACUCCAGCAGCAUCUACUAAGAAAUUCAGCACCUGCAUAUCGCAGUGACAAAUGGUCACUUAGAGCUUAUCUUCCCUGUAAGUCUCCAGAUUUGUGAGUUGAGCAGGUUUCUGGUUGCAGAUUCACCUUUAAUGCAAAAACUAUGUAUUAUCCUCAUGUGACUUUUUUUGUCUUAGUGCACUUUAAGAGGUGAUAGGGUAAUUCUGUGUUUUCUAACCAGAAGAUUCAGAGGAACUGAAUCGAUAUGCUUCCAAACAACUGAAUGUAAAACACUCUUAACCAGCUGUUGAAUUCCCCUCUUUGCUUCCAGUAUUUUCCUGCAAAAGUAGAGAAAAAUGUUGAUGACUGUUUCAGAUUCUCUCAGGAGCUCUAAUGUUCCAGAGGGCUGGUGGGUCCAGCUGUGUUGUUAGUGGCAGUGUUCUCAGAACACUCUCUGUCACACAGGAGAGAGCCAGUGCUUGCUUCGCAUAGUGUGGUUUUCUAUAGGAAGAGAGAGAAGGCACAGGUGAUCAAGGCUAGAGAAUUGAGAAUUCACUACAUUGCUGGCAAUUUUAGGGCACCAGAACUUGAGGCAGGAUGCUUCCCACUCCCCACCUCUUGAAGUGGACAGUUGUGCUAUCUGUGACUAGUUUUAUUUUUGUCCUUUUAAU